GGCAAUCAAACAAACUUAUCAAACCAAAAUGACAAAUUAUUUCAUGAUUACUGAAUCCAUUACUAACAUUAAACCUAACAUUUCAUACUUCUGUGCUUCAAUAAUGGAUAUGCUUUUUUUCUGUUUAUUUUAUAAAAUGCAGGAAAAUACAAUAUUGGGGCAAAACCACAACAAGAACAGUUUGAAAGCCAGGAAUGACCAAUCUAUUGCACUUAAUUCUUUUGGGUUUAAUGAUGCGUGACGUGGACAUGGGUGGGUGUUUUUCUUCUCCAAAAGGACAUGAUAAAAGCACACUGCUUCUUGCGCUGGCCUACUUUACUUCAUGAAGAGGAGAUACUGUCAGCACGUCCAUCAGCCCCGCAACUACAAGAAAUGCAAUAUAACAGGGACCAAGACACUGUUGUGACCAUCGUCAACCCUGUGGAGCAUCCCAGAGACUAUGUGGUAUGGUCCAUCUGCAGCUUCUUCCACGCAAACCCCUUUUGCCUCGGACUGUUGGCGCUGAUCUUCUCAUUCAAGGCAAGAGACAUGAAGGUGAUGGGAGACCUGCAGAGAGCCAGGGGAUACAGCAAGUGGGCACUGGGCCUCAACGUGGCCGCGCUCAUCAGUCUUUUUUUGAUUGCCCUUUGUCUUAUUAUUUAUUUAAGCGUUACAGCCUAUUGGAUUGGGAAAUCUCACCUUGAGCACAACAACCGCAAUAGAUAUCCUUAUGGGCGUGGCUAGGAACAUGACCCUACCAAUGUCAAGAAACCAGUUAAUUGCCCCUAUGCCAAAAACAAUAAUGAAGUUGAAUUUAAUUAAAUUACCCAGUAAUGCGCUUUGUAACCAUCA